AUGGGUUUGGUUAAAGAGAUCUGGAGUGAUCCAAAAGCUUUUACAAUAGUGUGUUUUGCCUCUAUUGGUGGUUUAUUAUUCGGUUAUGACCAAGGGGUUGUAUCUGGGGUUUUGACUAUGGAAUCUUUUGCAGCAAAAUUCCCUCGUAUCUAUAUGGAUGCUGAUUUUAAAGGUUGGUGUGUUUCUACAUUCUUGUUGUGUGCUUGGUUUGGUUCUUUAAUAAAUGCUCCAAUCGUCGACAAGUUCGGUAGAAGGGAUAGUGUGAUAGCUUCGUGUGUCGUCUUCGUAAUUGGGUCGUCUCUACAAUGUGCAGGUACCAGCGUACCUGUGUUAUUUACAGGUAGAGGUAUUGCUGGGGUAGCUGUUGGGCAGUUAACUAUGGUUAUCCCUAUUUAUAUGUCCGAAUUGGCACCUCCCAAAAUCAGAGGGGGCUUGGUAAUUAUUCAACAAUUGUGUAUAACUAUCGGUAUUUUAGUUUCUUAUUGGAUUUCUUAUGGAACCAACUUUAUUGGUGGUCACAGAUGUGCACCCAAUCACCCAUACCAAGGGGAAACUUUCAAUCCUUAUACUGACGUCCCUGAGGGUGGAUGUUACGGACAAUCUUCUGCUUCAUGGCGUAUACCUUUCGGUAUUCAAAUUUUACCUGCUUUGAUCUUGGGAAUUGGUAUAUCAUUCUGUCCAAGAAGUCCUAGAUGGUUAGUUCAAGUUGGUAGAGAAGAUGAAGCUCAUGACGUGCUUACCAGAUUAAGAAAGGAAGGAGUUGAGGAAGAACUCCUUGAAAUUAAAUCCGAAGUUCUUUUUGAACAAGAAUACACCAUGACUAAAUUCCCAGGCAAAUCUGGUAUUAGUUUGGAAUUAGCAAGAUAUUGGGAUCUCGUUUCUGUUAAAUCAAAUUUGAAAAGAGUCUUCAUGGGUUCAUCUGUUAUGAUGUACCAGCAAAUGCAAGGUUGUAACGCUAUCAUCUACUAUGCACCAACAAUUUUCAGUCAAUUGGGUUUAAACAGUAACACAACUUCUUUGUUAGGUACUGGUCUUUAUGGUAUUGUUAAUACCUUGGCAACAAUUCCUGCUAUUUUCCUUGUGGAUAAAUUUGGUAGAAAACCUCUUUUGAUGUGUGGAGCUGCUGGUUGUUUUAUUUCCUUGAUUAUCGUUGCUGGUAUUGUUGGUAAAUACGAAGGAAAAUUGGAUGAAUACGUUACUGCAGGAAGAACUGCUAUUGCAUUCAUAUUCAUUUAUGAUGUAAAUUUCUCUUAUAGUUGGGCCCCUAUCGGUUGGUUGUUACCUUCAGAAAUCUUUUCGGUUGGUAUUAGAUCAAAAGCUAUUUCUAUUACCACUUCAGCUACCUGGAUGUUCAAUUUCAUUAUUGGUCUCGUUACCCCUAGAAUGCUUAACACCUUGAAAUUUGGUACUUACAUUUUCUUUGCAGCAUUUUCAGUUUUGGCAUUCUUUUAUACCUUAUUCUUUAUCCCUGAAACUAAAGGUGUUCCAUUGGAAGAAAUGGAUAGAAUUUUCGGUGAUAUUACUGCAGCUUCCACAAAAGACCACAUUGCAGUUGAGACUGCUGAAAAACUUUCUAUUAAUCACGUACAAAUGAAAUCAGAGGAUGUUUAG